AUGGGGCCAGGGCUGCUGCUGCUCCGAGACUGGGGUCCCCCCAAACUAAAGUCCUGCCUCCUCACCCCUCGCCCAGGCCGAGAGGGGCUCAAAACUGAGGGGAGGUGGUGGGCCCCAGGAGGCCGCCGCGUCCAGGCCUCGUUGGCUGUCCCCGCGGGUCGCGCUGCAGGCUCUGAGCUGGCCUUCUUGCGGGAGCUGGGGGACGUGGUGGCCACGCGGGAGCGCCCACUGGUGCUGCCGUGCCGGGUGGAGGGUGAGCUGCCCGUGUCCAUUUCCUGGCAGCGGGAUGGGCUGGUCCUGGCCAACGACAGCAGUGCCACCCUGAUGCCCGACGGCUCCCUGCAUCUGGCCACCCCGCCCUCCCACUGGAGCCUCCCCUCCCGCGCCCACGAGUACCACUGUGUGGCCCAGAACCGCUUUGGGCGCCUGGUGAGCCGGCGGGCCCGGGUGCAGCUGGCAACACAAUGGCACGACCUUGAGUACUGCCAGCCACCGGCGAGCAGCAGCAAGAAGCGGUGGGGUGGCAGGCUAUGGGCCACUGCACAGCCGCGGACCCCUGACUCCUGCAUCCUCAGGGUGACGCUGCUGCCUCGUGGCAUCCUCCACAUCACCAGCGUAAGCCGGGCUGACGUGGGCACCUACCACUGCGUGGCACACAGUGUGGCCAAUACCCGCCACAGCCAGGAUGCCUGGCUGAUCCUGAAGGUGGGAUCCCCACGGCUCCUGCAGGAGCCCGAGAUUCUGUCUGGACCUCAGAACCUGACGCUCACGGUACACCAAACGGCAGUGCUGGAAUGCAUCGCCACAGGCCACCCACGGCCACUGGUCUCCUGGAGCCGCCUGGGUGGCCGCUCCAUCGGCGUAGAGGGCAUCCAAGUCCUGGGCACCGGGAACCUCAUGAUCUCCGAUGUGUCGGUCCAGCACUUAGCCGUCUACGUCUGUGCAGCCAAUCGGCCGGGAACCCGGGUCCGACGCACAGCACAGGGCGUCCUGCUCGUGCAGGCUCUGCCCAAGUUUGUCCAGUGGCCACAAUCCUUGUCCAGGCCUCCAGGCAGCAGCACCAUCUUCACCUGCAUGGCCCAGGGCGUCCCCGAGCCCCGGCUGGCCUGGUUGAAGAAUGGGAAGGGGCUGAGUCCCGGGGAUAACAUUUGGCUAACCCACAGCAACAGCACACUGAUGCUGGCGGGGAUCUCAGCAGGGGACGAGGCCAUCUACCAAUGCGUGGCAGAGAACAGCGCGGGCUCCAACCAGGCCAGUACCCGCCUGGCUGUGACAGGGGACCCAGAGCCACUCCCUGCCCCCAGGGGUCUGCAGGCAAUGGCUCUCUCCACCUUUGCCAUUCAAGUGUUCUGGGAACCACCGCCCUACAAUGGGGACAUCACUGGCUAUGUGCUGCACCUCCGGCCAGUUGGAGAGCCAGCUGGCCCGGAGCUCCAAGAGGCCGUGGGCAAAGGCACCUUUGAGCAUGUCUUCUCCAGUCUGGAGCCUGACACGGUCUACUCUAUCCACUUGCGGGCCUACUCAGCAGAGGGUGCCAGCCAGGACCCUGCCUCCAUCCACGCUUCCACCGUGGGCAGCAGUGAGGGACACCCUCUCCAGCCUUGUAGAGCCCCUGGCCUCAGACAGACAGGGCUGCCAAGCAGCUCAUCUCAUUUCUCUGCAGCCCCUGCUGCCCUUGGCUUCUCCACCAAAGUGCUCAACGCCACCUCUGUUCAGGCCUCCUGGGAGCUGCCAUCCCAGCUGGGGCCCAUCCAGGGCUUCAAACUCUUUCACUGCAAGCUGCCCGCUGCCCAUUUUGAGGGGCCCCUGCUCCUGGCUAGCACUGUCAGUUCCUUCCUCUACACAGAUCUGGAGCCAGCCGCCCUCUAUGAGAUCAAGCUUCAGGCAUUCAGGGGCAACGGGGAUGGUAACAGCAGUGCCCAUGUUGUCUCUCUGCGUGAAGUGCCCCUAGCCACCCCUGAGUCCAAGGCUGGGUGCUCUUGCAGCCAGGAUGAGAAGAGCUCGCUGCCUGGGGUUGUGGUGGGCAUCCACGUGGGCCUGGCUGCCCUCAUCGUUUGCCUCCUCCUGGGCUGGAGACAUAGAGGCCAGGCUCCGAGUGGAGGGAAGCCAGAGGAGAAGACUGAACUCAUCACCCAGGUGACCGUGGAGCAGCCGCCCUUAGCCUAG